CAACUAUGAUGGACUCCACGGAGAGUGAACGAAUGUCACUGCUCCUGUCUACAUACCUGGAGAGAGUUUAUACUGGAACAGAGGACAUAAUUAAUAUCAAGAAGAGGGCAACUGUCUUGGGGGAAUAUUUGAACAUGUCUGAUGAUAUUGAUGUAGUUUCUACUGGAAGUUAUGGAGAAGGAUGCGCUUUAGCUGGAUCAGACAUUGACCAAAUGGUUGUAAACAAGACUGUUGCAGUAAUGUACCCUGAUCAGCGUAUUCCUCAACACGAGACACAUAAAUCCAUUCUGUACAUUCGACCAGCAGACUGUCGCCCUGGCUAUGUUCACUUAGAGAAAGGUGUGCUAAAAGGCCGACAGAAAUCAGACUUACUCCUUUACAAUUCUUCAGUUAGAGUAGGAAAUUCAAUCUUUAUUUCCAGUGAUAUCUUCAGAGAGGAACUUCUCACUUACGAAACUACCACCACAGGUCGAAAACUUGAAUCCAAUGGACCCAGUGUUACGAAUAGAGUAAGGGAAACUGAUACAGUUCAUUGUUUUGCUUGUAACAGUUGGCCAAAGGAAGCAAACGAAUGGAUCACACGUAUACGUCUGUAUGGAUGGCCACAUCAAACAUUAAUAGCCAAGAUUGUAAAGAGUGGAUUCCAUCUUGUCCCAGUAGGAGAUAAAUGUUCGGAAAAUACAUUUUUACAAUGGAGAAUCUCAUUUGCAGUAGCAGAAAGAUCUUUAGUUCAUUCCUUCAGUCAUAUCCAAGUCAAAGUAUACACACUUCUUAAAUAUUUCUUAAAACAAAUAAAAGAGACAUUGAAAAAAACAAUUGGGGAUGACGACAUAUUGUGUUCUUACUUCCUAAAGACAAUCAUGUUUAAUGCAAUAGAGAGUUACGGCCAAAUAUUCUGGCAGAACAAAAACCUGUUUUACUGUUUUUGGUUUUGCUUCAAUAUUUUGAUUGCAUGGGUAAGGGCAGGAUUCUGUCCCAAUUACUUCAUCCCAACGAACAACAUGUUCCUGAGGAAAGUACAUGGUCAGCAUCAAAAAAUACUGCUGGACAUUUUGGACAACUGCUGUCAAUUGAAAUGGAUGUGCCUCUCAGUAGGAAACUUCCAUAAACCUUCGAUUUGGGAGGUUCUAUGUAACACCACCGCACAGACUGACCUUGUACGCCCCUUGACUUUACAAGAAAAUAUUAUGGAAAGAGACUUAACUAUUCUUUCUCAGUUACCAAGAGGUUCCACUCACCUCAGCAGUAGGGCAUUAUACUUAUUAUCUACAUCAAAGACAGAUUUUGAACAAGUGUUCACAUAUUUCAGUUCUACAGGCAGCCUCAGACAUCGAGCAUCAGAAAUGAUCUCCAGAGAACUGUGUGAAAAUGGGGCUGUUCUAGGUAACAAGACCAAGUACCGGAGCCUGAGGAAGUGUAAGUACUGGAUGACCCCCAGGGCUUUAAUUGGCACAGACGGGUUGUAUUUUGCAACUUUUUAUUUUCUGACUGGAAACUUUAAUAGAUGCCUACUGAUGACCAGACAAAUAUCGAAACUAGCAUCAUACUGCGGAUAUUUAUCUCAUUCAGAACUACGCUGUUUGUACAUCAAACACCAGUAUCAUCUAUCUCAAAGCUGUACACUAGAGAGACUCCAGAAAAUGUACUCAUUCCCUAUCAUAUUUCAUCCAGGUGACAUGCAUCUUCCUCAUCUCUGUUUGGAGCUGUCCAAGGCUACAAUUUUAUGUUCCUUGGAUAUCCCGCCUCUACCAUAUCUCCUGUUCCUAAACUUCAUGUGUUGCCAUGAGCUUGGAGACACUAGUGGGCGUAAUGAAGCAUUACAUCAACUCAUACAGAUCCAGUAUGAUGAGGAACAGGGAGGAGACAGAAAUUGGAUAGUUUACACGCUUUGUGGGAUCUGCUACCAAACCCUCAAUGACUAUCAGUCGGCCAUCAUGGCUUACUGGAAGUCAGCACAGUCAGAGGCUGAAUGUCAGAUGAGGAACCCUGCCAUUGAAAGAAUAGCCAUAGUUUAUCUGUGUAUAUACGUCUCACAAAGGUCUGGCAAAGGAUAGCUGUGGUGUGACUAUGUACGUCUCACAGAGGUCUGACAGAGGAUAGCUGUGGUGUAUAUAUGUGUGAAUGUCUCACAGUUAUCUGACUGAGAAAAGCUGUGGUGUGACUAUGUACGUCUCACAAAGGUCUGACAAAGGAUAGCUGUGGUGUGACUGUGUACGUCUCACACAGGUCUGACAGGACAGCUGUUGUGUAUCGAGGUAUAUAUGUCUUACAGAGGUCUGUCAGAGGAAAGCUGUGGUUAUCUAUGUGUGAAUGUCUUAAAGAGAUGUGGCAGAGGAUGGUUGUAGUUUAUCUUUAUGUAUGUCUCACGGAGGUAUUACAGAGGAUAGCCUAGGUAUGUCUAUGUUUGUCUCACACAUGUCAGACAGAGGAUAGCCGUGUUGUAUCUAUAUAUGAAUGUUACACAGAGGUCUGACAGAGGAUAGUUGGGUUGUGUCUAUGAAUGAAUGUCUCGCAGAGGUCUGACAGAGGAUAGCUAUGGUGUAUCUUUGUAUGAAUGUUUCACAGAGGUCUGACAGAGGAUAUCUGUGGUGUAUCUAUGUAUGAAUGUCCCACAGAGGUCUGACAGAGGAUAGCUGUGUUGUGUCUAUGGGUAGUAUUUAUUUACUGAUAAAUAACCCCAAUGACUUAGGCCUAUAUUUUAUUGGGAAUGAUAAACAGCAUUCAUGCAGUCUUGUAUCGCAAGUCUGAAAAUUAACUUACAGCAAACAUCCAGGGUACUGCAGUUUGGAAUAUUAGCCAAAUUUGCAAAACAAAUCAACAAUUAAAAUUGAAACUUAAACUAAACCAAAGACGACGGAACAAAGUGUGGGAAAACAGGUCAUUAGCCUAACUAUAGUUUAUCAGUAUUAGUAGAUAUACCGUUAUUACUGUGUGUCCCUUUAAUAGUACUAUACUUUUAUUGCAACAAAAUAGUUCGAUGGGGUUACACAUUCCGCGUAUACUUCCGGUUGUGUAUUAGCCGCUAUCACCGGUGCUGUCUAGAUUUACAGGGAUGUUUACUUUUGAGGCGACCGGAUCUUGUUGAAUUGCCGGAAGACGUUCUGACCUCACUACGCAUAUGCCGUAGAUUUGGCCAAUCAAAAUGAGUAUGUGAUGUAGAGAUGCUGGUUGCAUGUAGGACCAGGGAGCUGGGAUAUAAAAGUGGCUACACAGUUAUACUCGGAGACGUGCAUGGCCGGAUAACCGGCCAACACCACAGAGGGAAUGUCCUCCCCACCAACCAGGCUCACCAUCAGUACUAUACAUGUUCUGACAGUGGCACACCAAAUUCGUGUACAUUGGGGUGUAGGGCACGUUACUUGAGGUUAAAGUUGGCUUGGAUAGUGGGAGGGCUAGGGAUCUGCUCUGCUGUAUGAGGUGUUGGCCAGAGGUUAAUAACUGUUCUCUAUAGGCUCAAUUAGUAACCAUGAAACAUGCGUGUAUGGGGAGGGGGGGGGGGGGGGGGGUAGUAUUUACCGUCGAAUAUCUUAAGGCUUUGGUACAAAUAACACUCUAUCCACUUCAAAUAUGCGUAUACUGUGUUUAUACCAUUUCAUCUGUUUACUUUAAUAAACCUGAGUUAACUUUAA